AUGGAGCGAAAACGCCGAGCGGAUGAUGGAGAUAGAGAUUUCGUAAUGAAACCGAGAUUUCUUCGUCCAGAGCAUUUGCUAGCAUUAGAGGAGCGAACAUCUGCUCUGAAUGAUAUUUCAUCAGUUGUAUAUAACAAUCCUUAUAUUUCUUUAUCUAUAGAACAGCAACGAUCAAGGCUUCCUAUUUUUAAGAAUCGUUUGCAUAUAUUAUAUUUACUGGAAAAUUUUCGAACGUUAAUUAUUGUUGGUGAAACAGGAUGUGGUAAAAGUACUCAAGUGCCUCAGUAUUUAAUGGAAGCUGGUUGGGCAAAUGAUCAUAGAAAAAUUGGUGUUACUCAGCCACGAAUAAUAGCAGUUGUGACGUUGGCAAAUCGAGUUGCUGAAGAGAAGAUGUGUAAACUGGGAGAAGAAGUUGGUUACAUUAUUCGAUUUCAUGAUGCGACUAGUGAGAAUACGAAAAUCAAAGUUAAUAUUUUAAUAUUUUCCCAUUUUUUUGCAUUUGUUAUCAUGAUAUUUUUAAAUAUUUUGAUGGUUGAUGAUGCCCAUGAACGUUCCGUAAAUACUGAUCUUUUAUUAGGUCUUCUACGAAAAAUACUUUCAGUUCGAAAUGAUUUACGAAUAAUUGUGUCGUCAGCUACUUUAGAUGCAAUAUUGUUUCGUGAUUUUUUCGAAUUGAAUACUACGAAUGAUGCAGCAAAAAAUACUUCAACGAUUAUUUCUGUUGAAGGUCAUAUGCAUCCUAUAACAAUAUAUCAUGUAAAGAAUCCUGUGCCUGACUACGUGCAGAAAGCUAUUGAAACUGUAUUGAGUAUCCAUAAAAAUGAACAGCAUGGUGAUAUUCUGGUUUUCUUAACUGGGCAAGAUGAGAUUGAAUUUGCGUGCAAAAAACUGAUUGAGGAAGCAAAACACUUAAGAAGUUCCGAUAAACUUUGGAUAUUGCCGAUAUAUGGAUCUUUACCUCCUAAAGAACAAGUUAGAAUUUUUGAAUCCACUCCGCAUGGUACUCGAAAAGCAAUAAUUGCGACAAAUAUUGCGGAAGCUUCAGUUACUAUUCCAGGGAUUGUUUAUGUAAUUGAUUGUGGCUUCGUAAAAUUGCGAGCCAUAAAUGCUGACAAUGGGCUGGAAACAUUAAUGACUUUACCGAUUUCACAAGCUUCAGCCGAACAGCGUGCAGGUAGAGCGGGACGAAUUCGGCCUGGAAAGUGUUAUCGCCUUUAUACAUGUGCUGAUGAAUACAAUAAACUUUUACCAUCAAACAUUCCUGAAAUGCAACGAGUGAAUCUUGCUCCAGUUGUUUUGCAGUUGAAAGCACUUGGCAUUAAUAAUGUUCUUCGAUUCCAUUAUGUUUCACAUCCAUCUUCAUUUUGUAUGGUCGAAGGGUUACAGUUAUUAUUUUCGCUUGGAGCUCUUUCAAAAGAUGGGCUAUUAACAAAUCCAUUAGGGUUACAAAUGGCAGAAUUCCCACUUCCACCAAUGCAUUCAAAGGCACUUCUUUGUUCAGGGGAAUUUGGUUGUAGUGAGGAAAUCGCUGCGAUUAUUGCUAUGCUUCAAAUACAAGAAGUUUUUGUUAUGCCUUUAAGUGGACGACAUAAGGCGGAACUUACAAAGCGCAAUUUUUGCGUCGAAGAAGGUGAUCACCUUACUGCUCUCAAUGUGUUCUUAAAUUUUGUUGAAAAUGGCAAAUCAAAACAGUGGUGUGUUAAGAAUUUUCUAAACUAUCGGGGUUUGUGUCGUGCAGUAAAUAUUCGUGAUCAAAUGAUUAGACUUCUUAAACGCUAUCAUGUACCUAUUGUCUCUUGUAAAGGACAAAAAGAUUCUGUUGAUGCAAUUCGUAAAUGCCUAGUUAAAGGAUUUUUUUCACAAGCGGCGCAUUAUCAUUAUUCGGGUGAUUAUGUUACUAUAAAAGAAGAAUAUCAUUUCAAGGUGUAUAAGGGAUCUGCUAUUAUGUAUAGGAAAGAAUUCCCUAAAUGGGUAAUAUUUACUGAAGUUCUACAAGAUUCUAUUCGAGACAUAACUGUUGUGGAGCCAGAAUGGUUGUAUGAGUUAGCUGCCGAUUAUUACGAGUUCGGAACGCGUUUAGAAAUUUUGCCAAUGGCCACUUUAUUAAAGGAAGCAUCACGACGAUUGAUAAGUUCUCGAAGUUUAUGUUGCUUGCCACGAGUUAAUGAUGGCGAUAAACUCAGGCGUUUUCGAAGUCUUUUAUCUGUAAAAUUUAUUACUCAUGGAUGUCAAAUGAAUGUAAAUGACGUGGAAAUUGUGCGCUCGUUGAUGCUUUCCAAUCACUAUAUUGAAACAAGUGAAACUGAAGAUGCGGAUGUGAUAUUUAUUAUGACGUGCUCAGUUCGUGAAAGUGCUGAAAUUAAAGUAUGGGAUCAACUGAAAAAAAUACACUACAAUUUCGGGAAACAUAAAGUUGUCGCUGUUCUCGCGGAAGGGAAGAAUAUAUCUAUAUCCCAGUGCAUUGCGGCUACUUCACCCGGUAUUUUUUUGCAUCCUUCUUCAACAUUCUGCGACGUAGUUUUUGUUAAGGAAUGUCAUGACUAUAAAUGUCAUGACUAUAUAAGCUGGUUAUGUUUUUAUUUAAUGCAAUUUAAUGUUUUAUGUUGUAUGGCCGAAAGAAUUCGACAUGAACUUCUUCAAAAUUAUGUUAUUGAUAUCGUUGCUGGUCCUGAUUCAUAUCGUGAUUUGCCUCGAUUAUUAGCUGUUGCAUUUGGUGGAAGUAGAGCUAUUAAUGUUCAGCUUUCAUUAGAAGAAACAUACGCUGACAUUGCACCAGUUCGCGUCGACCCUCUUGCAAAAUCUGCUUAUGUUUCUAUAAUGAGAGGUUGCGAUAAUAUGUGUACGUAUUGUAUUGUUCCAUUCACGAGAGGACGUGAAAGAAGUCGACCUAUGAAUUCAAUAAUCAGUGAAAUUCGUAGGUUGUCUGAUGAAGGUGUCAAAGAAGUCGUUUUACUGGGCCAAAAUGUGAAUAGCUAUAACGAUUGUUCUGAAAUGAAUUUUCCAUUGUCUGGACAGUUUGUUGAGAAUUCUCCUGGAUUUAAAACAGUUUACAAGGCGAAGAAAUCUGGGCUUAAUUUCACAACGUUGUUGGAAAAGAUAUCAACAGUUAACCAGGAAAUGCGCAUUCGCUUUAUAUCACCUCAUCCGAAAGAUUUUCCUCUUGAGGUUAUUUCAUUGAUAAAAGAACGACCCAAUAUUUGCAAACAGUUUCGACUACCCGCACAAAGCGGUAGUAAUGUGGUUCUACAAGCUAUGGGACGAAAAUAUACUAAGGAAGCAUAUUUGUCACUGGUAGAAAGAAUAAAAAACGCAAUUCCUGAAGUCAGUCUUUCGAGCGAUUUUAUUACGGGAUUUUGUGGAGAAACAGAAAAAGCGCAUGAAGAAACAUUGGAUUUAAUAAAACGAGUCCAAUAUUCAUUUUGUUAUGUAUAUCCAUUUAGUAUGAGAAGCAAAACCAAGGCAAAAUAUCAUCUGGUCGACGAUAUUCCUGAAGAUAUUAAGCAUCGUCGCCAUCUAGAAUUGGUAUCAGUUUUUCGUGAACAAUCAUUAAAAUUCAACGAAAAUCUUAUUGGCUCGAUUCAGUUAGUACUUAUUGACUCGCAUAGUAAGCGAACUCGUUCUGGUUUUGUUGGUAAAUGCGAUGGUGGUACAAAAGUUGUAAUUGAAGAAAUUGCCUCGAAACAUUUGAAUGAUGUAGGUAUUGGUGACUAUGUCGCAGUCAAGGUUUUUGCUGCAAAUUCACAAACUCUUCGCGGCAGAAUAAUAGGAAAAACGACUUUGCGGAAUUUCGAAAAUAAGCGAAAUGAAUAUUGCAUGAAACAAAAUAUGUCAAAUUCAUCUACUUUAUUUUCAUGUGAUUGA